GGGGAUGUAGGGGCGCCGCAAACCACGUACUCUACUGUACAAGUCGCUCUAUGCUCGGUCGCUCGCUGAUUAUGAUAUGGAUAGAGCAUGAAGCUAUAAUAGCUCAAAGGAUAAAGUAUACACAAUGUGCAUGUGAACACUGAACACUUGAAUGGACUUGCAUGGGCUGAAACCCCGCCUUAAUCUACACUGACUUCGGAUUUGACAGCACUUUGAAAGUGCCUUGCAUUAUGCAUAAUACAUGCUGCUAUCAAGGUUUCGUGUAUCUAUUCGUACACCGGCUGCACCGUACCCGACAUUGAACGCUCUGCCAACUUCUAUACCAUUAUUUACUGAGCGAGCCGAGUCGUAGUCUGGCUAGUCUCUAUGUCAAUUGACUGACCAUCUGUAAUUCUGUAUAAGUGUGUAAGUAGGCCUACUGCACGGCGAAUAGUCAUCGUGAAAGCACUCGUGAGAGACUCAUUGGCUAUUGAAGCAAAAUAGUUAAACGUCCAGCUAAACUACAUAGGCCUACACAGCAUACACUACAGUACAGGAAUAGGUCAUUUUGGCGUGGCCCUUACGGUCGAUGUGGUAAAGUUUACGGGGAAAGUGAUCGGAUGGACUGAGCUUGAUGUCAAUUGUCAGACCAACUUGUACCGUCAACAGAGAGCAGUGAAUUGAUCAAGGCAAAAUGGUUCUAAUAAUGAUGACGUCAUGCGUAGUGGUCGGAUUAAUCAUCAUGCACCUGCGCAGCAUCCGUGUCCCAAAGGGACUGUCAGAACCUGGGAAAUACCGUCUACUGAUGGCAUCGCUGGUCAUACCCAAAUUUUUUGAAAAUCUAUAUGUACUCUACCACCAAGGCAACAUUUUUGCCCGUGUCAGAGCCAGGCGAUUCAUCAUCGAAAACAUCGAGCCUAAACCACUGGAGAAUGUCAAGGGGUCAAACAUUAGGUCCAGGGUCACAUACUUUGAUGGGGUCAAAGUUCGUGUGUAUGAACCCAUCAAGAGGAAGGAAGGUCUGCAGCCGGGUGUUAUUUUCAUUCACGGCGGAGGCAUGGUAACGGGGUCACCUGAUUCCUAUGACGGUCUGACGCGAACAAUGGCAGAGCGACUCGACAUGUUCCUUGUUUCAAUCGACUAUCGGUUGGCCCCUGAGCAUCCUUUUCCCACCGGUUACUAUGACAAUCUGCGUGCCACCACGUGGUUCCUCAAGAACGCUCACACAUUCGGCGUUGACGCGCAACGGAUAGCCAUUUCCGGUGACAGCGCGGGUGGGAACUUCGCUGCCGGAGUCUCCCAAGCGAUCCACGAUGACGCCACCCUUCCCAACAUCAAGCUUCAAAUUCUUCUCUACCCUGGGCUCCAGCAGCUUGACUUUUACUCGCACUCCUACCAGAAGUACGAGGCGGAGUUCGGCGAUCAUGGUGCGUUGACGCGGGGGAGAGUUAGCGACUUCGUUGCGCUGUAUCUGCACGGGAAGAUCGACUCGACAAUGGUGCACCGAUCGGUGCUCCUGAACGAUCACGUCUCGCAGGAUCUGCUGGACACCUCGCCCGUCUUCAAGUACGUCGAUCGGGAUCUGAUCCCGAAGGAGAUGCGCGUUUCCGAGAAGCACGCCAAACAGCGGGAGGAGAUGGAGCGCCGAGCCGGGUCGGACGAAGUGUGGAACCACGUUCAGGAGUUCUAUCUCGAUCCGCGUUUCGCGCCGAUUGUCAGAGAUGACCUGAAAGGCUUACCUCAGGCAAUGAUAGUCACGUGCGGGUUCGAUUGUCUCAGAGACGAUGGGGUGCAUUACGCGAGGAGGCUGAGUGAUGCUGGGGUGAAAGUACACCACAAGGACUAUGAGUCGGCUUUUCAUGGUGUGAUAUGGGCAACCAAAAAUGUGCAAUUCGAAGUCGGGAAAGAAAUGCUUAGUGACGUCAUUGAUUUUAUCUCAAAACACGUAUAAGAUAUAUAUAUAUAUAUAUAGUCGAAUUACCGAAGAUCACAAUCUUGUGACUCAUAAUUAUACAGGCCUACUCACCGCGAUGCCAUUUGAGUGGUGACUGAAGGUGGAAUUGUUGAAUCACGAAGUCCCACCUCCCUCCUAGAAUUCAUUAACGCGUCGUACAACACUCGGGGUCUGUUUCCUCCAAAUGUUUAAUUAUCGGGAGUUUCCGCUUUUACUCCGGAGAAACUCUUUGAAAAUGCAAUUGAAAUCACAAUAGAGAGCUGGGAGGCUUUCGUCGACAGUUGGUGGACUGGGGCAGCACAUCAUCAGAAGAUUUGCCUUGAAAGAACAAUUGCAAAUAUGUCGUUGUCCAGAUUCAAGAGAUUCUGAUGCCGUCCCGGUCCUUCAAUUUUUGACAAAAUCCUCUCACCUCAUCAUUGUGAUUUGACUUGUAUUUUCAAAGGAAUUGGUGCGUUGGAGAGAGUUUCCUCCUAGGAAAUGCGAUAAGUUUUGCACCCCGGAUGCUAAGCGUCAUCGCAAGGUUCUAUACGAGACAGCAUACAAGGUAUCACGAACUUAGCCAACACAACUAUGUGAUGGCAUAAUAAUGUACAGCGGGUCACAAAUAAUUAUCAAGAAAUGACUAGGAACUUCAUUUGCAAUAACUCAUUAGUAAAAAACGUACACUGGUACAAGUUGUAGUUUUGCCCAAUAAGGUUAAAUUUAAUUUAACUUAACUUGCUCAACAAUUUGAGCUCCACACCGCAUUUUAGGAGUUCACCCCCACGGAGUGGAUAUCAUGUAAGUCUAUGCAUUGUUUGUAUACUGAAUGAAUUUGCAAAUCGUACCAGGAAUUCUCUAAGGGAUUUAAAUAAAAAGUUACUUGCUCUUCGAGCCUAAAUGAAUUGAUACUUUAAGUGGACCAAAUUUGUGUCACAAUGGCUUAAAAGUAUUAAAAUCCUUAUGUAUGUUAUUUAGAAUUUAUUGUGCUGUAUGUUUAGGUUUUACAGUGUAUCCUAUUGUUAAAUACAGUAUAUUUAUAAAUAUAUAUAUAUAUUAACAUUAACGAGCGAGUUAAUACUAUUUUAUGCAAUAUCAAGCCUUUGAACACAAAUAAUCGCCGAGGCUUCUGAAAUGUUUCUAAAAUAUACGUAUGAAAUAACAGUACUCGAAGCAAUUUAUUAUCAC